UUGUUGUCACCAUGUUGUGUUGUUGUCACCAUGUUGUGUUGUUGUCACCAUGUUGUGUUGUUGUCACCAUGUUGUGUUGUGUUGUUGUCACCAUGUUGUGUUGUUGUCACCAGGUUGUGUUGUGUUGUUGUCACCAUGUUGUGUUGUGUUGUUGUCACCAUGUUGUGUUGUGUUGUUGUCACCAUGUUGUGUUGUUGUCACCAUGUUGUGUUGUUGUCACCAUGUUGUGUUGUUGUCGCCAUGUUGUGUUGUUGUCACCAUGUUGUGUUGUGUUGUUGUCACCAUGUUGUGUUGUUGUCACCAUGUUGUGUUGUGUUGUUGUCCCCAUGUUGUGUUGUUGUCACCAUGUUGUGUUGUGUUGUUGUCACCAUGUUGUGUUGUUGUCACCAUGUUGUGUUGUGUUGUUGUCGCCAUGUUGUGUUGUUGUCACCAUGUUGUGUUGUUGUCACCAUGUUGUGUUGUGUUGUUGUCACCAUGUUGUGUUGUUGUCACCAUGUUGUGUUGUGUUGUUGUCACCAUGUUGUGUUGUGUUGUUGUCACCAUGUUGUGUUGUUGUCACCAUGUUGUGUUGUGUUGUUGUCACCAUGUUGUGUUGUUGUCACCAUGUUGUGUUGUGUUGUUGUCACCAUGUUGUGUUGUUGUCACCAUGUUGUGUUGUUGUCACCAUGUUGUGUUGUUGUCACCAUGUUGUGUUGUGUUGUUGUCACCAUGUUGUGUUGUGUUGUUGUCACCAUGUUGUGUUGUUGUCACCAUGUUGUGUUGUGUUGUUGUCACCAUGUUGUGUUGUUGUCACCCUGUUGUGUUGUGUUGUUGUCACCAUGUUGUGUUGUUGUCACCAUGUUGUGUUGUUGUCACCAUGUUGUGUUGUGUUGUUGUCACCAUGUUGUGUUGUUGUCACCAUGUUGUGUUGUUGUCACCAUGUUGUGUUGUGUUGUUGUCACCAUGUUGUGUUGUUGUCGCCAUGUUGUGUUGUGUUGUUGUCACCCUGUUGUGUUGUGUUGUUGUCACCAUGUUGUGUUGUGUUGUUGUCACCAUGUUGUGUUGUGUUGUUGUCACCAUGUUGUGUUGUUGUCACCAUGUUGUGUUGUUGUCACCAUGUUGUGUUGUGUUGUUGUCACCCUGUUGUGUUGUUGUCACCAUGUUGUGUUGUUGUCACCAUGUUGUGUUGUGUUGUUGUCACCAUGUUGUGUUGUUGUCACCACGUUGUGUUGUUGUCACCAUGUUGUGUUGUUGUCACCAUGUUGUGUUGUUGUCACCAUGUAGUGUUGUGUUGUUGUCACCAUGUUGUGUUGUGUUGUUGUCACCAUGUUGUGUUGUUGUCACCAUGUUGUGUUGUGUUGUUGUCCCCAUGUUGUGUUGUUGUCACCAUGUUGUGUUGUUGUCCCCAUGUUGUGUUGUUGUCCCCAUGUUGUGUUGUGUUGUUGUCCCCAUGUUGUGUUGUUGUCACCAUGUUGUGUUGUGUUGUUGUCACCAUGUUGUGUUGUUGUCACCAUGUUGUGUUGUGUUGUUGUCACCAUGUUGUGUUGUUGUCACCAUGUUGUGUUGUGUUGUUGUCACCAUGUUGUGUUGUGUUGUUGUCACCAUGUUGUGUUGUUGUCACCAUGUUGUGUUGUGUUGUUGUCACCAUGUUGUGUUGUGUUGUUGUCACCAUGUUGUGUUGUUGUCACCAUGUUGUGUUGUUGUCACCAUGUUGUGUUGUGUUGUUGUCACCAUGUUGUGUUGUGUUGUUGUCGCCAUGUUGUGUUGUUGUCACCAUGUUGUGUUGUGUUGUUGUCACCCUGUUGUGUUGUGUUGUUGUCACCAUGUUGUGUUGUGUUGUUGUCACCAUGUUGUGUUGUGUUGUUGUCACCAUGUUGUGUUGUUGUCCCCAUGUUGUGUUGUUGUCACCAUGUUGUGUUGUGUUGUUGUCACCAUGUUGUGUUGUUGUCCCCAUGUUGUGUUGUUGUCACCAUGUUGUGUUGUGUUGUUGUCACCAUGUUGUGUUGUUGUCACCAUGUUGUGUUGUUGUCACCAUGUUGUGUUGUGUUGUUGUCACCAUGUUGUGUUGUUGUCACCAUGUUGUGUUGUUGUCACCAUGUUGUGUUGUGUUGUUGUCACCAUGUUGUGUUGUUGUCCCCAUGUUGUGUUGUUGUCACCAUGUUGUGUUGUGUUGUUGUCACCAUGUUGUGUUGUUGUCACCAUGUUGUGUUGUUGUCACCAUGUUGUGUUGUGUUGUUGUCACCAUGUUGUGUUGUUGUCACCAUGUUGUGUUGUGUUGUUGUCACCAUGUUGUGUUGUUGUCACCAUGUUGUGUUGUUGUCACCAUGUUGUGUUGUUGUCACCAUGUUGUGUUGUGUUGUUGUCACCCUGUUGUGUUGUGUUGUUGUCACCAUGUUGUGUUGUUGUCACCAUGUUGUGUUGUUGUCACCAUGUUGUGUUGUGUUGUUGUCACCAUGUUGUGUUGUGUUGUUGUCACCAUGUUGUGUUGUUGUCGCCAUGUUGUGUUGUUGUCACCAUGUUGUGUUGUGUUGUUGUCACCAUGUUGUGUUGUGUUGUUGUCACCAUGUUGUGUUGUUGUCACCAUGUUGUGUUGUGUUGUUGUCACCCUGUUGUGUUGUGUUGUUGUCACCAUGUUGUGUUGUUGUCACCAUGUUGUGUUGUUGUCACCAUGUUGUGUUGUUGUCACCAUGUUGGGUUGUGUUGUUGUCACCAUGUUGUGUUGUUGUCACCAUGUUGUGUUGUGUUGUUGUCACCCUGUUGUGUUGUGUUGUUGUCACCAUGUUGUGUUGUGUUGUUGUCACCAUGUUGUGUUGUGUUGUUGUCACCCUGUUGUGUUGUGUUGUUGUCACCAUGUUGUGUUGUGUUGUUGUCACCAUGUUGUGUUGUGUUGUUGUCGCCAUGUUGUGUUGUGUUGUUGUCACCAUGUUGUGUUGUUGUCACCAUGUUGUGUUGUUGUCACCAUGUUGUGUUGUGUUGUUGUCACCCUGUUGUGUUGUUGUCACCAUGUUGUGUUGUUGUCACCAUGUUGUGUUGUUGUCACCAUGUUGUGUUGUGUUGUUGUCACCAUGUUGUGUUGUUGUCACCAUGUUGUGUUGUGUUGUUGUCACCAUGUUGUGUUGUUGUCACCAUGUUGUGUUGUUGUCACCAUGUUGUGUUGUUGUCACCAUGUUGUGUUGUUGUCGCCAUGUUGUGUUGUGUUGUUGUCACCCUGUUGUGUUGUGUUGUUGUCACCAUGUUGUGUUGUGUUGUUGUCACCAUGUUGUGUUGUUGUCACCACGUUGUGUUGUUGUCACCAUGUUGUGUUGUGUUGUUGUCACCAUGUUGUGUUGUUGUCGCCAUGUUGUGUUGUGUUGUUGUCACCCUGUUGUGUUGUGUUGUUGUCACCAUGUUGUGUUGUGUUGUUGUCACCAUGUUGUGUUGUGUUGUUGUCACCAUGUUGUGUUGUUGUCACCAUGUUGUGUUGUUGUCACCAUGUUGUGUUGUUGUCACCAUGUUGUGUUGUGUUGUUGUCACCAUGUUGUGUUGUGUUGUUGUCACCAUGUUGUGUUGUUGUCACCAUGUUGUGUUGUUGUCACCAUGUUGUGUUGUGUUGUUGUCACCAUGUUGUGUUGUGUUGUU